AUGACUAUCAUUGUAGAAGAAUCUGAAGAUGCACCGUGUUCCCACUGUGAUCACCUCCGGCGAACAUUUUUGAUGAUUGCUCUAUCAGCUGUUUUACCUAUGGUGUUCUUUGCUGCUUUAUUACUCAUAACAGUGACCAGCACGUUGGAACCUCACGUCGAAGACACAACUAGCAUUGUUGUUGAGUUCGUAUUUGGCUUACUAUAUGUGCAAUUAUUCGUAGCUACGUCAAUACUGAUCAUCAGCUUUAUGAAGCGAAGACACCCCCUCAUCAAGUAUCACUACUGGUAUUUCUACUUCCACAUCACCAUCAUGGGUCUGUUUCUUUGCUCGUGUUUUAUCAUGACAGCAGCUAACGAGUCUUACAUCAUCACAGGAAUUGUGUUCACCAUCGGUUGUUUAUACUAUUAUGUUUUAUACACUUUUAUGAAGAGAAAUAAAGUCGCUUGGACGACUUUGAGAAGAGCUUACUGA